ACAAAAUCUGGGGCCCACCAUCACCUUCCCGUUGGUUGUUGACAUGCUACUUCUGAUUCUGUUCCCAUUCAAGGAUAAGGCCAUCAUCCUCUUCCUCCUCCUCUCUCAAUCCAUAGUCCUAAUCCUCCUGCUCCAACUCCAUCAUCAUCAAGGCAUGGCAUCAACAAUAUCUUAUUCUCUGGGAAGUGUUGGAUUAGUGAGAGGUAUAGAGGAUCAGAGAUAUAUUGGUUUGAGGCCUUUGGCUGCCCAAGUUCAUUUUCAUGCUGCACCUUUUGUUAAAGCACAACGUUCAAUGCACGUUAAGGCAAGCAAUGAGCAGGAGACUAAGGUUAAGAGCUCAGGCUUGAGUAUUGAAGAAUGUGAAGCUGCUGCUGUGGCAGGGAAAUUCCCUGAUCCCCCGCCUUUUGUAAGGCCUUCGGGUCCCAAGGGAACCCCAGUUAUCACUCCACAGGAACUUACAAAACGCCCACGUCGCAACCGGAAGUCACCUGCUCUGAGAGCUGCUUUCCAAGAGACAAUUCUAUCACCAGCGAAUUUUGUAUAUCCAUUGUUUAUUCAUGAAGGUGAAGAAGACACCCCAAUUGGUGCAAUGCCAGGGUGUUUUAGGUUGGGAUGGAGGCAUGGGCUUCUUGAUGAGGUGUACAAGGCGAGAGAUGUUGGUGUUAACAGUUUUGUUCUUUUUCCAAAAGUUCCUGAUGCAUUGAAGUCAGCCAGUGGUGAUGAAGCAUACAAUGACAAUGGUCUGAUCCCUCGAUCAAUACGGUUGCUGAAGGACAAAUAUCCAGACAUUGUUAUUUACACUGAUGUUGCAUUGGAUCCAUACUCCUCUGAUGGCCAUGAUGGUAUUGUUAGAGAAGAUGGAGUUAUAAUGAAUGAUGAAACAGUUCAUCAGCUGUGCAAACAAGCUGUUUCUCAGGCUCGGGCAGGUGCUGAUGUUGUUAGCCCUAGUGAUAUGAUGGAUGGCCGAGUUGGGGCAAUUAGAGCUGCUUUGGAUGCAGAAGGCUUUCAUGAUGUUAGUAUCAUGUCUUACACAGCAAAGUAUGCUAGUGCAUUUUAUGGGCCUUUCAGAGAAGCAUUGGAUUCAAAUCCACGCUUUGGGGACAAGAAAACGUACCAGAUGAACCCUGCAAACUAUAGAGAAGCACUUAUCGAAACCGAGGCAGAUGAGGCUGAAGGAGCUGAUAUUCUUUUGGUUAAACCGGCACUACCAUAUUUGGAUGUUGUUCGUCUUCUACGAGAUAAUUCUGCAUUACCAAUUGCUGCAUACCAGGUUUCUGGUGAGUACUCAAUGAUAAAAGCCGGUGGGGUUCUGAAAAUGAUUGAUGAAGAGAAGGUGAUGAUGGAAUCGCUCCUGUGCAUCAAACGGGCUGGCGCGGACAUCAUACUAACCUACUUUGCUCGUCAAGCUGCUGGUGUUUUAUGUGGUAUGAGAUGAAAAUCGACUACUUUUUCCACGGAAAUAUUUAUGAUAUAUCAUUCGAGGAGUUAACAUUAGAAGCAUGGAUUGCAUCUGUAUUUCAUAUCUUGCUGUAAACAUCAGCUGUUAGUUUUCGCAUUUUCCUAUUUUGUCUGGUGUAUGAACAUGAGAUGUUUGUCAAUAAAGCUUUUGUCGAGCAAGCAAAUUGUUUUUUUCUCACUUAGUAGCUUGGAUGAAAUCCCAAAGAGUUCAUUCUUAUAAGAGAGUUUGGGAGCAAUAUUACGGCCUCUUGAUGUACUGAGUACAAUGUAUGUCAAUCUACUCUUUUUGGUGCUA